AUGGCGAUUGCUCUGGCUGAGGCCGACAAGUAUGAAAUCUUGGAUAAGAUUGGCUGUGGUUCCUUCGGCAUCAUCCGCAAGGUCAAGCGCAAGACCGAUGGAUUCAUUCUGUGUCGCAAGGAGAUCAACUAUAUCAAGAUGUCACAGAAGGAACGCGAACAACUCACCGCGGAGUUUAACAUCCUCAGCUCCCUUCGUCACCCCAACAUUGUCGCAUACUACCACCGAGAACACCUCAAGGCAAGCCAGGACCUAUACCUCUACAUGGAGUACUGUGGAGGUGGAGACUUGGGUAUGGUGAUCAAGAAUUUGAAGAAGGCGAACAAGUAUGCCGAAGAGGAAUUUGUCUGGCGCAUCUUAUCCCAACUUGUCACUGCCUUGUUCCGAUGUCACUACGGCAAUGACCCUUCGGAGGUGGGAUCGAAUAUUUUGGGUCCUGCUCCCAAGGCGUCUGGUCUUAAGGGCAAGCAGGGACAGGUCACCAUUCUGCACCGUGAUCUCAAACCGGAAAACAUCUUCCUCGGUAGUGACAACACAGUCAAGCUGGGUGAUUUCGGAUUAUCCAAGCAGAUGCAGUCGCAUGACUUCGCCUCCACUUAUGUCGGCACCCCUUUCUACAUGUCACCAGAGAUUUGUGCUGCCGAGAAGUACACUCUGCGCUCCGAUAUCUGGGCGGUUGGCUGCAUCAUGUAUGAGCUAUGCCAAAAGGAGCCCCCUUUCAACGCUCGCACUCACAUCCAACUUGUGCAAAAAAUCCGUGAGGGUAAAUUCGCCCCUUUGCCCGACUACUACUCCCCCGAACUCAAGAACGUCAUCGGAAGUUGCCUGCGAGUUAAUCCCGAUCAUCGCCCCGACACUGCAGCUUUGAUCAAUCUUCCUAUCAUCCGCCUCAUGCGCAAGGAGAAGGAGGUCGUUGAUCUGGGCAAAACCUUACGCCGCCGUGAAGAGGUUGCUGUGGCCAAGGUUCGUGAUAUGGAACAGAAUAUGGCCAAACUUGAGAAGGACAAACAACAAAUGAAAGCCGAUAUCGAGAGCACUGUUCGCAGGGAAUGGGAGGUCAAAGCACGAUUAGAGAUUGAUCGCCAAGUACAGAGCGAGCUUGAGCGUUUGCGCAAACGAUUUGAAUCUGAAGUCCAAGAUAGAGUUGCCAUCGAGGUUAAGAAACACAAAGCCAACAACAACACCUCCCGCGACGAUGUUUUCCGUACCAGCACCCAGGGCUUGAGUUCAUCUCGAUCCAGUGGGCAGGGCUGGCGCUCUUCUCGGUCUUCGGCCAACAUGACAGACGACAGUGACAGCACUCCAUCCAGUACCGCUGAUAUCACUCAGCUGUCUCUCGGUUCACCCCCCUCGAACAAGAGGAAGCAGCCUAAGAAGGAGACUCGUACUCCAUUCUGUCGCUCUAAGACUGUGGUUGACUCUCCUGUGGAUGUUCAGAUGGCCGAGCCUUCUCCUAUCUCAAUUGCAUCACUCUCACUCUCUCCACGUCGUACUUCUGGAACUGGCGGCGCCCGCAACAUUUUUGCUGAGGCCGAACGCAACAAGGCGAAGUGGGAGCCCACUCUGGCUUAUUCCGAUGACGAGGAUGAUACCCCCGAUCUACCUUCGCCCACUCGCCCGAAGGUCAAGCCCGACCCGCUGAAGGCUCCUCGCCGACCUUUGCUGCGUCACAACACUGCCGCUUUUGUGCAAAAGCUUAGCACUCAACCGUCCCUGUUCCCAUCGAGUGGCACCCGCCUGCCUCAGUCCACAAAUUCAUCUGCCUCUCAGUCUGAGGAGCGCAGCGUCAGUGAAAGCCGAGCCAAAUCACCUCACCGUCGCCUGACCAAGAUUCCCUCGUCCGCCAACCUUGCUGCUGACGCCUCUCCUACCCGCAAGAGUGCAACCAAGCAGGCCCAACCAAAGGCCAAUGGUGGCGGCGAGGAAAUGAUGAAGGCUGUCAUGCAACGCAACAUGGGUGGUCGUACCCUCGUUGAGCUUGCCCAAGCUCGUGCUGGAGGUCGUCCAAUGGAUGAGGUUAAGCGCUGCGCCAGUGACUCUCGGUCUUCUGGUCCCUCGAUGCUGAAGUGCUCUGAGCGGGAUCCCCCCGCCAUCUGGAAUCCCGAGCUGGACGAAAUGCCCAGUCCCUUCCUUGCCCGUGGAAAGAAAAUUAUCCGCAAUUUGCGGUGA